UACACCAUCAAUUUAUUAUUUAUUAUGUGAUAUAUUUUAUUAGGAGCAAUUUUAUGACUAUAGAAAGGUUAGUCUUCAACUAAUAGGAAAAUGCGGUAAAUUCAAGUGAAGAAACUCUUUAAAGUUAUGUUAUGACUCAUAGUCGAUAGUCGUGAAUACUGACUUCGUCUUUAACUGAUAAAAUGAAUGACAAUAGCAAGAAAAGGUCAAAUAGUUUUCGUAAAUUAUUUCCAAAUUUAUUUUUCACCCAUCGUUCUAAAGACAAAAAUACGAACAAAGAAUAUGGAACUGGUCAUAAAAACGUAGCAGAAUUACAGGCAAAUAAGAAUCAAUAUCAAAACCCACGAACAUUGGUGGAUAAAAAUACAUUUAUUCAAGACUCGGAUGUCACGCAAGAACGGAUAUACGAAAACUUGUCAGCGAGUCAUAGAUCGGGAAACGAUCGCAUUGUGGACCUUUCAAGCAAUCAUUCUUCUAGCAGUACGUUAGUUUCAGAUAAUGUAAAAAAACAAAUAGAUUUCUCAGACCAACCUAAAAAUGAAAACUACUAUACCACUUAUAUGGCCAGACCUCAAGUACCACCAAAACCACAAGGUGAAAUAAUACAAUCAACAUCACCCAGGCCACAAAAGCUAAAUGAUUUUAACACUAUUCAAUAUCCGGACGUAUAUUACCAUUCCUUAGAAAAAUUAAUAGAUAAGAUAACACCACUUGAUGAAAUUGAAAUUUAUAAAGCAUCACAAGCUCAAGCAAAUCCAGCAUCAGUUGGCGCUGAGAUUAAAAGAGUGAGCACAAAAUUCCUCAUUUCGCCAAAAAAAGAAGCUGAAGUGCGAACGAUACAACCCACAAGAGCGCGAAGUCUUUCUUUGGACAAAAACAACUCUCAUAAUAUCCCCAAUCAAAAUGAUGACCUUGCACGAAAUCACGACUAUGUUAAGAAACCUUAUAAUUAUUCUGCACCCACUUCACCCGUUGCUGCGACCCAAAAAAGACCCAACAUACCGAAAACAGUUUCUCCUUAUGGACAUGUAAGAAAAACAAUGCUAGAAACAGAAGAAAAACGGAAUUCAAUAAGUAGGGCAAGUCUUGGUAAUAAAUCUACACCCUCACCUAGGCCCCAACAUCUGGAUAUAACCAUACCUACUUCGCCUAGGAAUAACAACGGAGAUAACGACAAAGAAAAGACGCGUCAGAAAAUUGAGGCUUUUUAUUGGCAGAAGCUCAAAGAAUUAAAAGAAAAAGAAGACGAACAGCUAUUAAAACAAUCUUUGGAUAAUAUCCGCAUAUCACCACAAAAAUUUAACACGGUAUACUCUAGUUCCAAUUGUAGUACACCGAGUUCUUUUGUAACUGAACCAAAAAGUUACAGUUUACCGCGAGGGCGGGACUUGAAUUACAACAUGGCCCAACCAAUUUACGCACUUCCACCUUUUGUGAGAGGCGCUCCAGAGCGGCGGACUGAUUCAUUCAUACGAAAUCACACAUCCGACGCGGAUACGGACAUCGUGUAUAGACAAAUGCGUAAAUCUAGUUCAAGAACUACGUCACCCGUAGUUAAUAGACAAAUGCCGAUUUUUCAACGAGGUUCUUUGACGCCAGACGGAAGACACAAUAUUUAUCAACCGAAACGAGUUAGUUUUGAAGAGCAGUACGCUAAGACUUCUCUAUCAAACAACAGUGAAAUUCCAAAAAGUGUUGCGCUAGAUGUGAAGUUAUCGAAUGACAGUUACAAAAUAUUGAGUGCAAGAAAUGCUUUGUUCCCGGGUAAAAUAAAUAGUUCGGUUACUCAGGACUAUGGAACUCCUCCCAAACCCCCAGUUCGAACAACAAGUGUAGAUAGUGUCGGGAAGACAUAUAAAAUAAUCAAUAAAAACACUGCGUACUUAGUACGUGGAAAUCAUUCAGUGUACUCGGAAUCUGAAAGUGGUUCGGAGGCUGGGGAAAUUCAAAAGAUUUUGCAGAGACCUUCACAUAAUGAGGAAGAUUGGCACGUUGAUGGGUCACGCAUGGAUGGUGGGCUGUCGGAUGGAGAGGCGGGUCGUGUGCCGCCGCGGGGGCGACCGUCGCGCCGGGAAGAUCCUCGCCGGCACACACUCGCUGGUAACCAUCUAUACCUGCAUCCUCACCACCCUAAUCAAAUCAAUUCGUUGGAGCUUGAGCGUAAUGCACCCGUAACAACUGCAAAGAACAUGCCAGAAUAUGCAACUGUUACCAAAUAUCGUGACGUCAACCAGAAAAUGUUAGAUCCUCGAAUGAGAAAGCAUCCGCUGCAACGAAACUAUCCACCAACAAACAACGCUCUUCUAUUCGAAGAUGAUCCCGGUGUUAUGUCUGAAGUGGAAACAGCAUCGACUGGCUUCAGGCGCGGUGGCAAGCAAAGAUCCUCAUUACCAGUUGUUAGAACUCCGAGCAAAACUUUAGAACGCCCCCUUGGUCUAGUAUUCCUGCAAUAUAGAAACGAGACAAAACGCGCUCUCUUGCCGAACGAGAUUACAUCGAUCGACACUGUGAAAGCUCUCUUCGUUCGAAGUUUCCCCAAACAGCUGACGAUGCAGUAUAUGGAAUCGCCAAUGGUCAAGAUUUACAUUCAUGAUUCCUCUAAGGACAUGUUUUACGAGCUCGAGGAUGUACGUAGUCAUCUUCAUGAUAUAAGAGACCGGUCUGUCCUUCGGCUAUUCGAGUCGAAUGACAUCGGUGGGGGCGUAUUCCCCGGCGCUGUUGGAGUAGGCUCCGUGUCCAUGCCGGCGGCCGCUACAACUUGCCCGACCACAUCGAAUUGGGACCAGGAACAAAGUUACUUCAGUGAGCCUGAAAUCGACUCUGAGUACCACCAUCAUGUUCAUAAAUCUAAGGUCAAGGCGCCUGCAUACUACAUGGGUACUCAAGCGCCCAGCACUCUGCCUCGAGGUGGUGCCAUCAUAAGGGCGUUCUCACCAGCCGCGCCGCCUGUACCAGCCGAUCGCGUUAAGCCUAUAACAACAAACGUGCCGACCAAGCCGUUGCGAUACGCCCCCGGCACAGGUUCCGAGAGGUGUUUUCCCUUCGCCGACUGUCCUCGGGUGACAGAGCAGCUUUACACAAUCACUGGGGACGGGUAUGUGUCAUCUCCCGAGCGCAGCGCCUCUCGCCCGCCAUACGAGGACCCCUAUUACACACAGUUCUUAGGACAAGCUGCAAGAACUAACAUCACACCACUUAUCGAUGAAGAGGCCAGUGAUUCUGUAAUUAUCGACGAUUCAUAUCAGUUGUAUGGCGUCAAUGCGAUAACCACAGCACCGCGACCAAUGCCACGACCACCAUUCGAUGCCAGAUUGACAACACAAGUCGAUGACAUGCAACGUUUACGCGUAGAGAAAAUGGAACGUCAGCUGGCGAAUUUAACUGGCUUAGUGCAGAAAGCACUGCAGGUUCCCGGGGCCACGCCAGCCCCGGCGGCGGCGCCUCGCCAGGAGUUCCAAACUUACCAACCUAGACCGGCAACAACCGAUCCGGUGAGAUUCACAAGCGAGGAGAGACCUCCCAAAUUAGGGAGAGACAGAUUUCAAAAAUCUGUAUCGUUUGAGAAAUCAGUGUCAUUCAGUGAUGAUCCUCCGGACAUGAACUCUCCCAAACAACAUUCUCCACAACACUCAGCUGAUACAAAACCAGCUAAACCGGCAAUCAAAUCAUCCACAUUGCCGAGGACGUCUUCACAAGAACGUGAUCGAUUGAAACCAGCACCUCCGCCGAAACCCGCCGGGCUCGUUAGCCAGCAAUUGCCAUUAGCCCCACAGAGAACGUAUACAUUAAACGUUGGUCCUGACUUUUUCAACCAGUUGCGAAUGCUCCAAAAGCAAAGUCACGAUCUCAGAAUCGAGACAAGAAAUUUGCGGCGCUCCACUUUGUCACAAGCUAUUCAAAUGAGACAACUUAUGGCCGACACAAUUGUCAAGAUCGGUGCUAUAGCAGCUAGUUACUGCGAGCAUGAUCCCGAUUCACAGUUGUCAAGGGAGGAAGAAAUUUACAGACAAGAUAUGUUGCUCCUCGAGAAUGAUCUUUAUGAAUUGGAAGCAACAGUCGAGAGACUACGUGGUCAAGCUGCGAACCGGGAAACUCGCGUGAACAUGGCAGACAUCGAACGUAUUGCCAUGGUGCUGUCAAAGAGCAGUAAAACUGUUGCUGAUUGGAAGCUUAAAUUCCCAAUACUACAAGAUACUAUGAAAGUUAAAUUAGCAUCGGAAAUGGAGAAAGUUGUGCGUAAAGAAAAAAUGCUUGAAGAUGAACCAGAGCGUCUUGAGCUUGCCUUACGUCGUUGUAAGAAAUUAACAGGCACUUUGGUUACCCUUAAAAGAUUGGCCUGUGUGCAAGAGCAACGUCUUCCUAUUACCGACGGCCGCACUUCCUCAGGAUCUUCUCAAAGCUCUUCGCUCACAGCUGGACCAUCAUCUGAAGAGUUCACUCCGGAAAGUACUUGCCACCUCGCGACUUCUCACAAUAAGGGCACCGGUGGCGUCAUCCCCAUACGAACAACAACAAACAGAGGAACAACAGACGUGCGUCCAGAGAAUGCCCUCGACGCGCUAUUAGAUGAACUGCAAACCUUUGCUAAGCCUUCGGAGCGCGCGGCCAGAACUGAGGGCCCACUACGCCGACUGCACUCGUACCCAAGCGGCAGCGACACAGAUGCCUCGCCGCCGGUCAGAGCUCGCGGUCAGCAUCCACCGAAGCCGCCGGUCCCUGAGCGACAUCCAGAACUGCUAGCACUGGCCGCGCGCCGCGCCCCGCCACCGCCGCCACCCAGGACGACUUCUCGCUCCCCCCUUGCCUCCCCUACCUCGCCAUCCUCCCCUCGCGCUGAUUCAGAUUCCUGCCGCUCAAAUCACGAGUCAAAUUACGACGAGAAGGGCAACUCGCGUCAGGCGGUUCUUGAACAACGACACCAGGAACUACUAAAAAAACAAAAGGCUCUCCAAGAGCAGUACGCGCGUUUACAAAUGAUACAUAGAAGCGGUCCUACUAUGCCACCAAAUGUUCAACUUGAGCUCAAAAAAACUGGUAGCGAGUCAAAUCUCCUAACCAAAAUGAAUCUAAAUCUUGCGCCAGCCACCAUAUCCGGCAGUAUGACGCAUUUAGCAGCCGAUAGUGAAAGAAAGAGAAAUGAAAUUAGUGAUACUGAAGUUCUGAGCCCGCAAUCGAACAAGACGCCUGACGCGAUGCCCACCACAAAUAAAGUUUACGAGACUGACAUACUGUGACCACAUAGUGAUUGCUUUUGAUACUUGUAUAAUAAUUUUGAUCCCAAUUUUAUACAUCUUCUAUUAGUAGCAAUGACUUAUUUUAUAUCUCUGACAUUUCUAAAAUCACAAUUAGUGUUCAAUAAUAUUAGCGUAUCAUACACAAGUUCGAGGCAUCAUACUGUGCCGCAUAUCCACAGAGUAUUUAAUGUUAACAGUCGAUACUUUCAUAUAAUAUAUCCCUGUAGGCUUCCCGCUUUAUUGGUCGGGCUUCGAAUAAAUCAUUAUAGCUAAAAUCGGCAUAAUAAGUA